AUGGACACACAAGCAGGAAUAUCUCAGAAGGACAUCUAAUGUUAUCCCCGGAUUGUGACAUAAAAGAUAAUGACAGUAGACAGGAUUCUCCAGGAGCUAACCCCAUUACCCCAAUUAUACAUCCAGUUCUAUCAGCUGGUCCCUCUGAUCCUGGGAAAUGUUCUCCUGAUCACUCUGAUAUUGGUGCAUCUGUUACAGCUCUGAGAGUAGAUACAGAGUUUCCCUGUUCUAUAGAUGCCAAAUGUUUUACACAGAACACAAAGCCUAUUAACCCACAGACAGGUAAGGCAGGUGAGAGGCCAUUUCUAUGUUCUGAGUGUGGGAAAUGUUUUGCACGGAAAUCAGAUCUUAUUACACAUCAGCGUAGUCACACAGGUGAGAAGGCAUUUCCAUGUUCUGAGUGUGGGAAAUGUUUUACAUACAAAUCACUUCUCGUAAUACAUAAGAGAAUACAUACAGGUGAGCAACCAUAUUCCUGUUUUGAGUGUGGGAAAUGUUUUACAUACAAAACAACUCUUGAUGCACAUAAGAGAAGUCACACAGGUACAUCACCAUUUCCAUGUCCUGAGUGUGGGAAAUAUUUUGCAAGGAAAACAGAUCUUAUUACACAUCAGCGAAGUCACACAGGUGAGAAGGCAUUUCCAUGUUCUGAGUGUGGGAAAUGUUUUGCACACAAAUCAGAUCUUGUUAGACAUAACAGAAGUCACACAGGUGAGAAGCCAUAUUCUUGCUCUGAGUGCGGAAAAUGUUUUAUCCGGAAAUCACAACUUAUUACACAUCAGCGAAGUCACACAGGUGAGAAGGCAUUUCCAUGUUCUGAGUGUGGGAAAUGUUUUGCACGCAAAUCAGAUCUUGUUAUACAUCAGAGAAGUCACACAGGUGAGAAGCCAUUUUCUUGCUCUGAGUGUGGGAAAUAUUUUGCACAGAAAUCACAACUUGCUAGACAUCAGCGAAGUCACACAGGUGAGAAGCCAUUUCCAUGUUCUGAGUGUGGGAAAUGUUUUACACAGAAAUCACAUCUUGUUGCACAUCAGCAAAUUCACACAGGUGAGAAUCCAUUUCCAUGUUCUGAGUGCGGAAAAUGUUUUUCCUGGAAAUCUCAACUUGUUACACAUCAGCGAAGUCACACAGGUGAGAGGCCAUUUCCAUGUUCUGAGUGUGGGAAAUGUUUUGCACACAAAUCAGAUCUUGUUAGACAUAACAGAAGUCACACAGGUGAGAAUCUAUUUUCUUGCUCUGAGUGCGGGAAAUGUUUUAUCCGGAAAUCACAACUUGUUACACAUCAGCGAAGUCACACAGGUGAGAAGCCAUUUCCGUGUUCUGAGUGUGGGAAAUGUUUUGCACAGAAAUCAGCUCUUGUUACACAUCAGAGAAGUCACACAGGUGAGAAGCCAUUUCCAUGUUCUGAGUGUGGGAAAUGUUUUGCCACAAACAGCUCUUGUUAUACAUCACAGAACUCACACAAGUGAGAAGCCAUUUUCUUUCUCUGAGUGGGAUAUGUUUUACAGGAAGAUCACAUCUUGUUAGACAUCAGCGAAGUCACACAGGUGAGAAGCCAUUUCCAUGUUCUGAGAAAUAAAUCAGUUCUUGUUGCACGCAGUAGACAUCACUCAGGUGAGGAACCAUUUUAAUCAAUGGCACAAGCUGAGGAGAAAAUGGCCCAGUCAGUGGGUAAAGGAGGCAAAACUUUUUUUAGGUAUAUAAGCGAAAAGAGAAAAACAAAAGACGGAAUUAUAAAACUAAAGACGGACACUGGGAGUCUUGUUGAAGGAGACAAUUUAAUAGCAGAUCAUCUUAAUGAUUAUUUUUGCUCCGUAUUUACUACUGAAAGAGAGGGGAAGGGACCACAGUUAAGGGAUAUUCAGGAAAAUUAAACAAGUACAUUUACAGAGUAGAAGGUCCUAACAGAACUCUCAAAGCUGAAAGUGGACAAAUCUAUGGGGCCAGAUGGGAUACAUCCAAGGAUACUAAAAGAACUUAAAGAGGUGCUGGUAGCACCAUUGACAGAAUUAUUCAACCAGUCAUUAGCUACAGGAGUAAUUCCAGGGGACUGGAAAAGAGCAAACGUAGUCCCACUGCACAAAAGUGGAAGCAAGGAAGAGGCAAACAACUACAGACCAGUGAGUCUUACAUCAGUAGUAGGGAAAUUGAUGGAAACACUUUUAAAAGAAAGAGUUGUAGAUUAUCUCAAAUCUGGCAAUUUACUGGAUCCCAAACAGCAUGGAUUCACUGGGGGGAGAUCAUGUCAAACAAAUCUUAUUGACUUUUUUGAUUGUGUGACUAAAGUGAUGGAUAAAGGUGGAGCCAUGGAUAUAGCUUAUCUAGACUUUAGUAAGGCUUUUUUUUUUUUUAACUUGUGUAAUUUUUUAUUAAAGUUUUUCACAGGUAAAAGUACAAACAAAAACAUUAGGUACAGAACAAAACCAGAACAACAGACAAAAAAAUAAAAUAAAAAAACGUUACAGGAAAAAUACAGUAAUUAAUACCAUCUGUGUCACAGUGUUUCAUAGAUAAAGAUAGUAAGUGUCACGGCAAACAUCAUAAAUUCACAAAUGAAGCCUCAAUCAGUCAGAGAAUAGUGUUCCAGCUGUAGCCAGGCGGGAGGUAUUCCACCUAUCCCACUUGCUAAAGUAAUGGGGUAGGGUCCCUCUAGACCUAUGUGUAAACCUCUCAUGUCCUGACACCUCGUUUACCAAGGCUCACCAGUUGUACACAUUAGGGGAAGAAGUAGCAAACCAGUUACGCGCUAUAAUCACCUUGGCUAAGGUAGUCGGGCAGAGAACAUAUUUGUAAAGUGCCGGGCAGUAGGAUUCCUCUAAGUCUAGCGCAAACAUACAUAUAGUAGGAGAGAGGGGGGGCAGCGUAGGUUCAGUGAGCAGAAUGUCCGACCAAACUGCUUCCCAAAAGGCAUGUACAGUAGGGCACAGCCAUAAUAAGUGCCAAAAAGUAGCUUC